AUGCCUUCCGACGAAAAGUCCCAUUACACCCCGGCACCACCCAUACCAUCUUACGACGAGGCUGUCCAGGGCUCAUCAUCCCGCCAUGACUGGCCGCCGCCACGGUCCCCCAUCGACGACAGGCCCGAGUCCGAAAGAGAAGCGCAGUCGCUGCUGACCUCGUCGCGACCCGGCCCGACCGACAGGAGGUUCCCCGCAGGCUAUCGCCCGCCGCAUGUUGAAACCGACGACGAGGAUUCGGAAUGGAGCAUCGACAGCGGCGAUGAAGACGACACGGAGGACGCCCAGGUGCGCCGCGAGAUGCAAGAGUUGGAAGUCGAGGAUCCAUUGAAUGGGUCGGCCAGCUCACGCUCCAGCAACUCGUUAUGGCGCAAGCGAAUCGCCGCCCUCUCCCUGCCACAGUGGAAAUGGAAAUGGCGACUUCCACGCAUGACGGUGCGCCUCCCCCGAGCGAGCGAUAGCGCGAACAUCCCGACCACGGACCCACAACAGGACAGCUCCAGCACUGCACGCCGGUCGUGGUGGCACAGCAAUGUCAACAUGGGGAGCUCUGCUGUCCUGAUCCUCUUGGGCAGGCUGUUGGCAUUGUUCUUGGUUCUGGGAUUCUUGUACCUCGUCUUUGUCAGCGAUCUCUUCUCAAACAUGUCGCGGCGCAUCGGCGGCCAGAUGUUUGAUCCCGAGAGCGUGCGCAUGCAUGUCAAGAACAGUAUCGACCCCCGACGGAUCCGCGACACGCUCAAGCACGUCACGAGCUACGCCCAUAUUGCCGGCACAGAAGGAGAUUUCGCCAUGGCCGAAGAUGUACGCAACUCUUUCCUGAGGAGCGGUUUGGAAGAUGUCACCGUGGACGAGUACUACGUCUAUCUCAAUUACCCGAAAGAAGAUGGACGAGCCGUCGAAAUCAUGUCCCAAGAUGGCUCCAAGGCCGUCUGGAGUGCCAAACUCGAGGAGGAGGGCGUCGGCGCCGUGAGCAACACGGUGGGGAAGCAGACCCUGGCGUUUCACGGCCACUCCAAGGCUGGCGAUGUUAGAGGACCGCUGAUAUAUGCCAACUAUGGAAGCAGGGAAGAUUUCAAGCGGCUAUACGACAGCGGCAUCGACACCAAAGGCGCCAUCGCAUUGGUGAGGUAUUAUGGUACGCAAGGUGACCGAGCCCUGAAGAUCAAGGCAGCCGAACUCGCAGGGUUUGCUGGCUGUAUCAUCUACAGCGACCCCGCAGACGACGGCUUCCGCUUAGGACAACCCGCGCCCGGCGGACACUACAUGCCGAAUGACGGAGUCCAGCGAGGCGGUGUUAGUCUGAUGAGCUGGGUCGUUGGCGAUGUCCUUACCCCCGGCUGGGCAAGUAAAAAAGGCCAACCUCGAGAGAAGACCACUCAAACCAAGGGCCUGGUACAGAUUCCCAGUCUUCCAUUAUCUUGGCGCGAUGCCCAAAAGCUAUUGCAAGCGAUUGAGGGGUUUGGCGACCCGCUGCCAGAGGAAUGGAUAGGUGGUGUUCCAGAUGUCAAUAAAUGGUGGAGUGGCAAUGCAUCGUCGCCGAUUGUUAGACUGAAAAACGAACAAGACGAAGUAGAGCAACAACCCAUCUGGAAUAUCUAUGGCAAACUCGCGGGAAUUGAGCAGACAGAAAAAACAAUCAUUGUCGGCAAUCAUCGGGAUGCCUGGAAUUGGGGUGCAACCGACCCAGGCUCAGGAACAGCCGUCAUGUUGGAGGUUGCUCGUGUAUUCGGCGAUCUUGUUGCUAGAGGCUGGCGCCCAUUACGAACGAUCGAGUUCAUGAGCUGGGAUGCCGAGGAGUACAACUUGAUCGGCAGUACCGAAUUUGUGGAGAACAACCUCGACUAUCUCCGUGCAGAUGCCUUCGCUUACCUCAACAUCGACACGGCUGUCAGUGGGUCAGAGUUUCGUGCCGCCGCAUCUCCCGUGUUCAACAAGAUCUUGUACAGUGUACUAGAUCGUGUGCAUGACCCGGUGCAAAAUGCAUCCCUUCGGACCUUGUGGGAUGCUCGUGGAGGCCAGCUCGAAGGGCUCGGCGCAGGCAGCGACUACGUUGCCUUUCAAGACAUCGCGGGAACCAGUUCCAUUGAUAUCCGUUUUGACGGCAAGAUGCAUCCGUACCACUCGAAUUACGACAACUUUGACUUCAUGUCAAGGGUUGGCGAUCCCGAUUUCGUUUACCAUGGCCUUUUAGGCCAAGUUUUGGCACUGCUCAUUGUUGAGCUUGCAGAUCGACCGGUACUUCCCUUUGACCUCCAGGAGUAUGCUCUCGCUCUCGGUCGAUAUCUUGGAGAUUUGUGGAAAUGGAGCGAGGAUAAUGGUGCGAACAGAGACGAGAACACCAAGCUCGAUCUGAAUGCUAUCAAAGACUCGAUCAAGGAGGUCGAGGCAAGCGUUGCCAAGUUCGGCAACUGGGAAGCUGAAUGGGGCCAAGCCGUCACGUCGUCUAAUGGCUGGGAGCCAGCCGGGCUUGGUCGCCAAAGAACAGAGUACAACUCGAGGAUGGCUGCCUUUGAAACCGGGCUCCUUGAUACCGAAUUCGGCGGUGGAAUUCCCAACCGGACACAAUUCCGCCACGUCGUAUUUGGUCCCCAGCUCUGGUCUGGUUAUGACGAAGCGUAUUUUCCCGCAAUCAGAGACGCGGUCGACGCACGGAAUUAUGAGUUGGCGCAAUCCAUCGCCAACAAAACGGCGACCAUCAUUUCUGCGGCAGCGAAGGCACUGAUAGAGUAA